AUGGGCAAACCUGGGAAAAAGGCUGGAAAGGGGUUGCUCCCGCCUACCAAUGUGAAUCGUCGUGUCGAUGCCAACAAAACCAGCUUGCGUGAUCAGCGGACCAUUAAACGCUUAAAAAUGUACAAAUCCAAGAUUGUACGCGAUGACAAGGGUCAUAUUGUAAAGGGGAGUGUCUUAAAGGCCUCGGACCGCAUUGAGCAACAAAUGGUUCGUGUUGCACCUGAUCGUCGUUGGUUCGGUAACACCAGAGUUAUUGGUCAAGAAGCCCUGCAAACUUUUCGGAAGGAAAUGGGUGCAAAAUACAGGGAUCCUUACAGUAUUAUUAUUAAGCAAUCUAAACUUCCGUUAAGUCUUCUUGAGCCAAGCGGGGCGGAUGAGGGAUGUGUUCGUCAGCAGAUGGAGUGGAGCAAAACCUUUGGAGAUAAGGCUAAUCGAAAACGAGUUCGCCUAGAUUCCGUUGAUAUGGAGAGCUUUGCGAAGAGGGCCGUAUUAAAAGGCGAUGAGUACUCAACGGAGAAAAAAGGAGCGGAUCGUAAUCUUGUCAAUAAGGAAGAAACUCUGCGUGAUGAUCGUUCCAAAAAUCGGAUUUUGUUUACAAAAGGUCAAUCCAACCGUAUUUGGAAUGAGCUUUACAAAGUGAUUGAUAGUUCGGAUGUGGUCCUUUACGUAUUGGAUGCCCGGGAUCCACUAGGG